AUGGCAUUCCUUAUAGAAUCAACAAAGGAUCUUGAAAACCUAGCUAAACAAGCAACAUAUAAAUUAAUGAAAAGAGGAGACGUUUUAUUUUAUGAAGGAGACGAUCCAGAUGGAUGGUUUUUAGGAUUAUCAGGUACAACAGAUGUAAUUAUACGUUUAUUUUUAGUAGCUGAAGAUUGUUUAUUUGAUACUGAUUCUACAGACUCAACGGAGUUUGCUCCAUUAAUGUCAAAGAUGGAUUUGGAUAUUCAGCAUGAUAAACUACAAAGAGUUAGAAUUAAUAACCCUGGUGAAGUUUUUGGAUAUCAUUCCUUUAUACCAGAAAUUAGUGCAAAAAGAUCUUCAACAAUAGUUUGUUCAUCAGAGUUUUCUGAAUUAAUCUGUUUCCCUACAAAUCUUUUCGGUGAAUAUGCUUUAAUUAAACAAAGAGAUCUCUAUCACAAUCACUGUGAUCUAUUACAUAGAGUUUUUCCACGAUUAAAAGAUGAUCAAGUUGACCAUUUAGCCCUUUUAGCUGAAAUAAUGAAAAUCCCAUCAAAGACAACGAUUACUGCAGAAAAGUGCUAUGGAAGAUAUAUUUACAUCAUUAAGUCAAGAUCUAUUGCUAGAUAUAGAGUUGUUGAUUUUUCAGACUUAAGUUUUAGAACAAUUGAUGCCCCAUUUGAAAGUUUACAGUUACAUUUUCCGGAUGGAUUACAUCCUGUUCAUACAGACAAUUUAGUUGAAGGAAGUGUCUUUGUAGAUCCUUCAGUUCACACUUUAUAUGAUAAUGAAUUUAAUAUAAAAACAACAUCUGAUGUUGAAUUGGUUGCCUUAGAUAUAGAUUACUUCAAAAUUAUUGUUGGAGCAUUUGAAUUAGAACGUGUUCGCCAAGAAAUUAAAAGUACAUUAACUGAUGAACAAGUUAAGAAGAUUUGGUAUGAAUCAGAAAAGAAGAGACUAUGGGAUAAAUUCAAGUCCAGAACAGCUAACGAAGCCAAAAGGGAACUUCAAGGAGAUUUAGAUUUUAAAUCAGGUGCAACAAUAGCGAGGAAGGCAAAUGUACCGAACUCUAUUCCUGCAUUUCGUCCACGAGUUGUUAAAUCAUAUGCUCCAACGCAUUUAGCAAAAACAAAAGACUUCUCAGAACCAAUGUGCUAUUAA